AUCGCGGGGAUUUCAACAAACAUACUUAAAAAUCACUUUAGUGUUAAUCGAACAAUAACUGCGUAUGGUCAACUAAUAGGGCGCACGUUUUCGGUAUCAAAUUGUGUUGUUUUGAGUGAAAAUUUUCCGGAUAUUUUAAUUUUCAAGGAAACGUCGUCGUCGGCCGUACAUUGUGUAUAUUGUGUAUCAGGGUGGUGACUUUUUUUCCGGCUACACAAGUAGUUGUUUAUUAGAUUGCUUACACACACACUUUCCGUUUAAACGGCUAAAAGUGUUUUAUCGGAAAAGGAAACACGCCGCUCGACGAAUUGAUAAAUACAACCAAUUUGUGGGUUCAAGUGUUGUGAUUUUGUAUUUGCAUAGGGACACGUGUGCGCGGUGUGCUCUUUUUUUCUGGUGGAUAGUUAAACAAAUGUUACGAUUUGUUGGAUGUGUUUUAAGUGGAUUACAGUGGUUUUGUUCAAACAGAAAUGAUAAUAAUCAUGUAAUAUUGGUAUAGGGAACCAGUGAGUGUUAACAGUCAAUUAAUUUCCAGAUAAUUAUUUUUUGGUCGUCUCGUUAUCUUAUCGGCUCGAAACUAUACACACGACGGGGACGAGAAAAAGAAAAAUUCGAUUUUCGUUUCUGUCUGAUGGAAAAUCAAUAGGAAAAUGUGAAUGGAAACACGUGCAUCUAAUUAUAAAGUGGAAACAUGAACGACUUAUCGUUCUAACAUACACUUAAUUACAUACAUGAUUUAAAAAUCGAAUCGACCGAUAUUGCCGUGUGUCUAUACCGUCGAAUACGCAUAGUAUAUUGUGUCCAACGUUCAAUAUUUUAUUGUUUCCCUUUAAAAAUUAAAUAUUUUCCACUAUUUAACAAGAGUAACGGAACGAAAAGGAGGUCCCGUACCAUGUAAUUACACGAAUCAAAUUCAUAAAGCAGGAAAAUUCUAGUCAUAUCCUCCGGUUGUGUCCGUUGUGUGAUAAUAAAAUAUUCAAAAUUAAAGUGGCGCAGUGAAUAGUUACAGUUUUUCGAAUUAAUAAAGAAACGGAGUAAGGUCGGCAGAACAAACAAAAAAAUGUUUUCCAUGGAUGCGUUCGACUUUGAAGCGGUCAUGUCCAAGCAUUUGUUUGAUGGCAAUCAAAUUCAUGCGUCCGGAUCUACGUCCAGCGGCUCGGAUUUCUUUAUGUGCGAUGAUUAUUCGUCGGAUAGCGAUGUUUACAGUGGAUUUAACAGCGACCAGGAGAAUAACGAGGAAAAAAUAAUACCCAAAUCACGCCGUAACAAAGGUAUCAACCAUCAAGCGCAACAACGACAAGCCGCAAAUUUACGUGAACGACGUCGAAUGCAGAGCAUAAAUGAAGCAUUUGAGGGUCUUCGGUCGCACAUCCCAACACUUCCAUAUGAAAAGAAACUGAGCAAAGUCGAUACGCUAAAGUUGGCAAUAAGUUACAUAAGUUUUCUCGGUGAAAUGGUCAAAAAGGACAAAAAUGGAAACGACACCGGCCUUACAGGAUUACAGAAACACUACAAAAAGGAACCGCCGAAAAAGUUUAUUGUAAAGGGCAGAGGUGGUGAAUCUCACAUUCGCUGUCGUGGCAUAAGAAAGGUGACCGUAUACCCGGAUGUAAAUUGUAUGCUCGUGUAUGGACGCCGGAAGAUCCGCGAGCGAAUCAACGUGGACUGGCCGGACCAUCGUAUCCCGUUGGAUCGCAUACCGGACUAGAUAUUUAAGCAUUUUAAAAUUGAAAAUUUUUAUUUUUUUGUUGUUGAAAAUUAUUAUUUAUUAAUUUACCUCCGUAUGUAACUACUAGUCAUUCAUUAUAGUAACAUUUGUACUAGUCUAGUCAGUCAGUUGUGGAUGCAGUUUGCAGUUCACACAUUUAUUGUAUAAGCAUCAAAGUAAUUAAUGUCAAUUUAAGGUCAUGCAUCAAAUACAUGGAUAUAGUGGCAU